AUGGCAUUUUUCCUAGGGAUGGAGUUUAUGUACUCUAAGAAGGGUAUCAUUUUGGAUCAGCUGAAAUAUGAACUUGAGCUUCUCAAGAGAUUUGACCUGCUGAGUCGUAAGGCUAUUGUCACACCAUUAGAAAUAAAUCACAAAUUGGAUUCUGAUUCUGAAGGUGAUGAUGUAGAUGCCCUAACUUUCAAGCAAUUGGUUGGCUCUCUAAGGUGUUAUGGAUGCAUGUCAAGCUAUUUAGCUUCAGAAUUUACUACAGGAUCUGAAGAUCAAGGAAAUAACAUCUCUGAAAUAAACAACAUUAAAUCAGUUUUGGGUGCUAAAUUCAGUAUUAAAGACUUGGAAAACCUCAAGCUCAUCCAAUAUAUGUUAAAACCUAUAGCAGUACACAUGCAUGCAACAAUGCAGAUUCUGAAAUAUGUCAAAAACGGACCAACGUUAGGAAUGUUUUUUCGCAGUAAUUCUGGACUGACACUGACAAGAUUUUUGGAUUCUAAGAUGGGCUCAUGUCCUAUCACAAGGAUAUCUACACCAGGUUUUACAUUCUUCAUGGGCAGCAUUCUUAUUAGCUAG